GCAGCCCCGGCAGCCUCGGGAGCGGGCGGAGGCGGCGGCCAGGGAAGAGACGCCGCGGCCUCCCGGGACCUCCCCGCCCGGCUUUCGGGGCCUCCGCGGUGAGCCGGCCGGGGUCCGGGGAGGGGCGCCGGGACCCCUGACCCCGCGGCACGGGUGGGCCAGGUGCGUGGGGGCCACGGAGGGAUGGAGAGAGAGCAGGGCGCAGACAGAGGCGGCACCUGGGGGUGUAGCGGCCCGGAGCGCCCCAGGACUGGUGACGUCUGGCUCGGCGGCUCUGGUAGCUCGGCGGUGUUCGGGAGCAUGUCCUUGUCCCUGGAGGAAUUCACCUGCCUCGAGCCCGCGGGUUUAAAAAGUGGAUCGUGGUACACAUGUCAAAAGAUGGCAAGAUCACGGUCCAGAUCACCUAGGUGGAAACAGAGGUCUUUAUCACCAGAAUAUAGGAAUCCUGAACACUACAGACAGAGAUAUCCCCAUGGCAGUUAUGACUAUGAAUACAAGGGGUUCAGGAAGGAUCCCAAAAGGACCAUGCCUUGGAGAAUGGACAGUGAGAAAUAUGAACAAAACGAUGCAAGGAUCUCCUCUCACGGAAAUGUACAUCACAGAAUUUAUGAGCACAGAUCACCUUCCCCAGGUGUAAGGAGGAAUUCUUUAGAAGAUACUUACAGUUAUAAACCUCACCGGGGAUAUUCACCAGAAAGGGGUGAUAGUAGUCGAAAAUUUCAUUAUUUUCCCAAAUAUUCAGAUGCACCACCCUACAAAGAACACGAAUGGCAUUAUUCUUCACAAAAAGUACAAGGAAGGUACGUGCCUGAUGAUACCAGAUUUACUGGAAUUGGAAAAGAAGUGAAGCCUUUUCGUAGAUCAGCAGACUCUUUUAAAUUUGAAGGAAGGUGGCAUGAAGACGAGUUGAGGCACCACAGGAUACAGGAAGACAAAUAUGCUCAGUCACCUCGUCGAGGUCCUGAAGAACUUGUGCCAAGGAGCUCUUUUCAGAGGAGGUAUCCUGAGGAUGGUGAUUUCAGAGAAUAUGGACAUACGUCAAAAAGAACUAAAGACAUGGAAAGAUAUGAAAACAGAGAGCCAUCCAGGAAUCUUAAAUGGAAGCCAGAACACUCUUUCCCAUCCUACCUAGAGAAGAAAGGACAAAGGAGUGUCGAACCCCAAAUCUAUCGAUCUGCAGAAAGGGAGUACCUAGAGGAUGAUUCAUUAGCAAAGAUAUCCUACAGUUAUCGACACAGACAUUACAGGCACUCAGAUGAGGAACAGUCCUUCUCCAAUGGAAGAACGCAGAAGUAUUCCAAGGAAGAAGACAGAAAGUACAGUUCUCCAAAGGGUUCUCUGAAUAGAGAAUUAGAUUGUUUUAGUAGUGGCGGAAGAGCGAGAGAGACUGAGGAAGGGAACAUUGACACGUUAAAGUAUCCUAAGAAGGCCUGUAGUGCCUGUGCUAAUCCUUAUAAAAAUGAUGUUGAUAUGAGACUCUUUAAUAACAAACUGAAGGAAAGAGUAAAAAAAGAAACUGAUUUGAAAAAAGAGCAAGAUUCUUCCUGUAGCCAGCAUGAUACACACAGACCUCUAGAUGGGAAAUCUUCAAGUGUCAGUCUGAAGAAGAAAUUGCUUACGGUUAAAGUGGAUAUGAAGAAGACAAUAGAUAAGUACAGGAAAAAGGAAAACUUCCAUCCAGUGUUUGAACAUCUUGACUCCACAACGCAAAAUGUCGAAAACAAACCAUCAGGAGAAUUUACUCAGGAAAUCAUCACAAUAAUCCAUCAAGUUAAAGCAAAUUAUUUUCCAUCUUCUGAUCUUACUCUACACGAACGUUUCUCAAAAAUGCAAGAUACACAAGUUCCUGACAUAAAUGAAAUAAAAAUGAAUUCAGAUCCAGAAAUUCACAGAAGAAUUGAUAUGUCUUUAGCAGAACUGCAGAAUGAACGGACUGUGAAGUGUGAACCAGGACAGGCCUUGCUCAGAGUAAUAGAAGAUCCCAAUGAUCUCCGACAUGACAUCGAGAGGAGGAGAAAAGAACGAUUACAGAGUGAAGAUGGACGGAUUUUUCACGUAGGCAGAGCUAUAGGAAGGAAUGAUCAGAAUUCCCGCUUUUCAAAAUUGCAGAAUAUCCAUACAGGUGGAUUCCAAAAGCCUAUAAGAUUUAUUAAACCGUACUUCAGGAAAUUUAUUAGAAAAUCGUACAAGAAUGCUUAUUAUACCUCAAAAACAAAAGACAUCAUUAAUGACAGACCAUUUGGAAUUAGAGACAAUCUUCAAAACCCAGGAACCUUUAGAAGACCUUUUAAGAACAAUUUCAUAGAUGGCAGAUUCCAGCCCCAUUAUAAAUCAGGCCUAGUACUGAAGGGUUUGUAUGUUCAAGCUAAGUACCAGCGCUUACGGUUUACUGGUUCAAGGGGAUUUACCACUAAUAAAUUCAGAGAAGAAUUUCUAAAGAAAGAAAAGGAGUAUGUGGACAUCACUACUGAAAUCUAACCUGCGAUCGUAACAGCUAGGAAUGAACGUUAUAAGAGGAUUUCUGCUUGGCAACGUCUCUUUGUCAGGAGUUAAUAAAGAAUUGGAACUAAUACUGUAACUUUCUUGAUAAAUAACUUUAUUUUUCAGUAGUGGAAUGCUGCAACUUUUUUACAAUUAACAAUUGCUUUUAAAUUAUGGCAUUCAGUUUGAAAGUUGUAACUAUGGUUCUUUUGAAAAAGCCUCAAGAAAUCACUCAAAGGGAAUUUAUUUAUUGAUAACAUUUUCUCUGAGCAUGUGUUUAUGGAUAGAACUUAUUGAGUUGUUAUAUCUCAAAGUUUAUAUGUUGAAAGUUUAUUGCUUAUGUA